UUUCGAGCUAAAGAGCAUGCGCUUUAAUGAUAUUGAAGCGAAUCUAAUUUGGCGCAUCUUUUCCAACUUUCAAUAUUCAAACUUAUGUUUGAGAGAGUAGUGUUUAACAGUGGGCUGUGAAUUUUCUCAGUUUUGUCUGCUCGUUGUCAAGUGAUUAUAAACAAGAUUUUUUUUGAAAAAAAGGAGCCGUGAAAAAUCAUGUAAAAACUUUAUUAUAAUAUUAAUUAAUAAGUGGAACGUUUUGAAUAGUGUGUUAUAUAAAUAUAAGAUCAAAAAUGAAUCUUCCCCAAGGAGUUAUGUUUCCUACCGGAUCUCUUUAUGUUGGAGACCUUCAUCCAGACGUAACAGAAGCGAUGCUGUAUGAGAAAUUCACCACUGCAGGACAAGUUCUUUCCUUGAGAAUCUGUCGCGAUACCAGAACCAAACAAUCUCUAGGUUACGGAUAUGUGAAUUUUAGUCAAACUCAGGAUGCAGAACGAGCUCUAGAUACAAUGAAUUUUGACCUUCUCAAAGGCAAACCAAUUCGCAUAAUGUGGUGUCAGAGAGAUCCCGCUCUGAGGAAAUCUGGUGUUGGAAAUGUAUUUAUCAAGAAUCUUGACAAAAAUAUAGACAACAAAGCAAUGUAUGACACUUUUUCUGCCUUUGGUAAUAUUCUGAGUUGUAAAGUGGCUCUUGAUGAUAAUGGAUACUCCAAAGGCUAUGGAUUUGUUCACUUUGAAGUUGAAGAGGCAGCCAACAAGGCUAUUGAAAAAGUCAAUGGAAUGUUACUGAAUGACAAGAAGGUUUAUGUCGGCAAGUUCAUUCCAAGAACUGAAAGAGAAAAAGAGUUAGGAGAGAGAGCAAAGCAGUUUACAAAUAUUUACAUUAAAAAUUUCGGUCCAAAUAUGUCAGACGAUAAAUUUUAUGAAAUUUUUCAUAAAUUUGGAAUCAUUACCAGCAGUGUGGUAAUGAGGAACAUUGAUGGAUCUUCCAAGGGAUUUGGUUUUGUUGCUUUUGCAGAUGCCAAGUCAGCCGAAAAAGCUGUGCAAGAGUGGAACGGCAAAGAACUUGAUGAAAAUACUUUAUAUGUAGGACGUGCACAAAAGAAAACUGAACGCAUAAAUGAAUUGAAAAAAAAAUAUGACCAAUUGAGAUUGGAGCGUUAUAGUCGGUUCCAGGGAAUAAAUCUAUACAUCAAAAAUUUAGAUGACAGUUUUGAUGAUGAAAAACUGCGUAAAGAAUUCACCACUUAUGGGACUAUAACUUCUGCCAAAGUAAUGACCGAAAACGGCAGAAGUAAGGGGUUUGGUUUUGUUUGUUUUACAUCACCAGAAGAAGCCACCAAGGCCGUUACAGAAAUGAAUGGAAGAAUGGUUGGAAGUAAACCACUUUAUGUGGCUCUAGCCCAAAGAAAAGAGGAUCGAAGAGCCUUCUUAAAUAGUCAGUAUUUGCAGAGAGCGCAGGCCCUGAGGCAACAAAGCAGCAUCACUUUUCCUACAACCACUCCACCUUUUCUCAUACCAGCAGUAGCUCAGGGGCCAAGAUUUUUCAACCAUUUGAAUCCAUUGAAUCAUAUUAGGCCUGCUGCUCGCUGGCCAGCCCCAAACACGAUUCGACCUAAUGGGACAUACAGUUUGUCAAUGCUCAAUUCUCCGUAUAGAGCAAACUCAAGAUCAUCCAUCAAUGUGCGUAAUAACAUGCAUGCUCGACCCAUCACCGGUCAGCAGACUCCUCCUUCUAGACCCAACAGCAAGUUCACCAGUGCCACCAACAAUACCAUGAGGCCGAUAAACAUCAGCAUUGGAAAUGGUGGUGAUAUUUCUAUAAAUGCAAACACCUUAGCUGGAGCAGCCCCCCAAGAGCAAAAACAAAUAAUUGGAGAAAAACUGUUCAGAGUUGUGGAGAAAAUGUACCCGGAUAUUGCAGGAAAAAUAACUGGAAUGCUUUUGGAAAUUGAUAAUACUGAACUUAUUCAUAUGAUUGAAAACAAGGACUCCCUCAGAGCUAAAGUUGAAGAAGCAAUUGCUGUUCUUCAAGCCCAUCAAGCAAACACCAAAAAGGGAAUUGUAGUGCAAGAUUAAUUUUUACUUAGUUGUAUUCAUUGCAUAUGUUUUGAUUUUAUUAGUUACUACUUUCAAAAAGUUACAAAAACAUUUUACAAUAUGUUCCAGAACUUUUUAGGCAAACCAAUGUUUUAAUGAAACAUUGAAAAUAAAAAAAUGUAUAUGCUCUUUUGA